AUGGGGGCUGUUCCGGUCGAGAUGGGAGCCAAGGUCGCCGAGCUCGACCGAGUGGGAUAUCUCUUUGGCGUCAAGAUCGCGGCCUCUAUGUCGCCAGUUUUCCACGGUACGGUAUUCCGAGAGUUGGGCUUGAACUGGGAACAGUUCCGUCUGGACUCGGCAGACAUUCCGCAGUUCCUGCAACUGAUCAAAGACACCAAAUGCUUCGGAGCAUCUGUCACGAUGCCGAACAAGAUGACCAUCAUGGAGCACCUGGACGAGAUGACGGAAGAGUGCAGAGAGGUGGGCGCCUGCAACACCAUCUACUUCCGCGAGAGAGACGGGAAGCGCAUCAUCUGUGGUACCAACACGGACGUCGUCGGCGUCCGCGAAUCUUUCUACCAGAACGUGGCCGAUCCGGACGGCGUCUUCCACGACCGGCCGGGCAUGGUGGUCGGGGGAGGGGGUGCAGCACGCAGCGCCGUCUACGCCCUGUGGAAGUGGAUGCGCGCCACCAAGAUCUACCUGGUGAACCGCGACAAGAGCGAGGUCGACGCCGUCAUCCGGGACUGCAAGGCUCGGGGCUAUGGCGACACCCUGGUGCACGUCUCGACGGCGGAACAGGCCGAGCAGCUCGAGGCCCCGGGUGCCAUAGUGGCAUGCGUACCUGAUUUCCCUCCCAACUCGCCCGAAGAGAAGACGGCGCGUGCAGUCAUCGAGACAUUCCUGAACAAGGAAAAGAAAGGAAGCAUGCUCGAGAUGUGUUACAACCCCACGCCGUUCACCGAGCUGGGCGGCAUCGCAGAACGUGCUGGGUGGCAGGUGAUAUUGGGCACGGAAGCCAUGAUAUGGCAAGGUUUCGAGCAGGAGAAGUUUUGGACCGGAAUAGAGGUACGGGAUUUGCCUGUGAGCAAAGGUAAGGAGGUGAUCGCUGCGAGACUAGAGCAGAGCAAGUUAUGA